AUGGACGCGGUCCGGAAAACUAUAGCCGCUGAGGGCCCUAAAGGGCUCUACGCGGGAAUCGGCCCUCCUCUCGCCACCGUCGCCGUUUUCAACGCCGUUCUUUUCACUGCCCGCGGGCAGAUGGAGGCGAUUUUGAAGAGCAGCCCUGACGAGAAGCUGUCGGUGGGGAAGCAGGUGAUUGCCGGCGGAGGUGCCGGCCUGGCUGUGUCGUUCGUCGCGUGUCCAACGGAGCUUAUCAAGUGUCGGCUGCAAGCUCAAAGCGCUCUCGCGGCCGCUCCUCUCCAGGGAGCUGUCGCAGGCGUUGCUGCUGGUGGCGGGCCCACUGUCUCCAUGAGCGUGCCGCGUUACGCGGGCCCGCUAGACGUGGCGCGCCACGUCAUCCGGUCGGAGGGCGGCGCAUUGGGGCUGUUUAAGGGCCUCACUCCCACGCUGAUGCGGGAGGUGCCUGGAAAUGCGGCUAUGUUCGGAGCAUACGAGGCGACAAAACAGCUGAUGGCAGGGGGAACUGACACCUCAGAGCUCAGCCGAGGAGCUCUGCUCGUUGCCGGUGGCGUGGGUGGCGCGUGCUUCUGGGCCUCAGUGUACCCGACUGACGUCAUCAAGAGCAUGAUCCAAGUAGAUGACUACAGAAACCCCAAGUACACUGGCACAGUACAGGCUUUCAAAAAGGUGUGGGCCACAGAGGGCGUCAAGGGCUUGUACAGAGGGUUCGGGCCUGCCAUGGCUCGGAGUGUACCUGCAAAUGCUGCGUGCUUUCUCGCUUACGAAAUGGUUCGCGAAAUGCUGGGAUGA